AUGUCGCUAUGUGUGACCCCGGAGCCCCGUGAAUACGGAAUUGCGCAUUGGCUGCGCGUCCGUGACCAACUUAUCAGUUUAAGCAUCGUCGAUAGCACCGGUGACGAAUUCAACGUUGUCGAGGAAUCAGGCUGGCAUUAUGGGAACCGCGCACAAUGGAAGAAAUCUAGAGCCGGCUAUAUCCUAUAUAUGGGAGGUAGCGGUACUUCUGGAAUGCUACAAUUCGAGUCGUCGACUGGAGAGACAUUCUUAUUAGCUAUGGGUAUUCACAGCUACAAGAGGUGGUGCAAUUUUGUUGUCGAUCUUGAAGAUGAUGCGACCGCCAAAGAUUUUCAUCCGAGAUGCUAUACUGGGGGCGGAGCGCAACAGCUUUGGGAUCAAUCCCUUAAGUGCAAGGCGACCAUCAGUGAUGGCACUGGUUAUUAA